AAAAGACAAAGAGAAGAAGAAGCAGCGUCAGCUGACCGUCAAAAAGUUUAUUUACUUCCGGUGUUUCGCUGCAUCUUCAUGGGAAAGUAGCGAAGUUAAAGUCAGGCAUCAGAGAUGGAGUCCAGUGAGGAGGGGGGCUUCAGUGUUGGGGGAGAAGAGAACUACUUCCAAGGCUACACCUUCACUGACCGCUCCCACUCCAGCCGUGUGGUUAAGAGCAUCAUGGACUUGUGUUUGGAGGACGGCCUGUUUGCUGAUGUCACCAUCACGGUGGACAGCAAAGAGUUCCACUUGCACAGACUCGUGCUGUCAGCGCAGAGCAGUUUCUUCCGCUCCAUGUUCACGUCCAACCUCAAAGAGUCCCGCAAUCGCGCUAUUGAGCUAAAAGGCGUAAGUGCCGCCGUCUUCCAGCUGCUGAUUGACUACAUCUACCAUGGCACCAUUAAACUGAGGGUGGAAGAGCUGCAGGACACGUAUGAGAUGGCAGACAUGUACCAGUUAACUGCUCUCUUUGAGGAAUGUUCUCGCUUUCUUUCACGGACAGUGGAGGUCAAGAAUUGCCUACAGGUGAUGUGGCUUGCAGACCGGCACAGUGACCAGGAGUUGUACACCUCGGCCAAACACUGCGCUAAAAUUCACUUGUCCCAACUUCACGGGACAGAGGAAUUCCUCAAUUUGCCUCUCUGUCUGCUAUUAGACGUCAUUAAAGAUGGAGUUCCAAGCUCCCAGAAUCCAACUGUGGCCAUUGAGUCAUGGAUAAAUCACAACAAGGUGGAGCGGGAGGAGUUUGCAUGUAUUCUCCAAGAAAAUCUCAAGGAAAUCGGUGAGAACGUCCACUUUUAUCUGAUCGGUAAGGAGGACACAAGGACACACUCUCUGGCUGUGUCGCUUCACUGCGAUGAGGACGAUGCCAUCAGCGUUAGCGGUCAGAACAGUUUAUGCCACCAGAUCACUGCCGCUUGCAAGCAUGGAGGCGACCUCUACGUGGUGGGCGGUUCCAUCCCCCGACGCAUGUGGAAGUGCAACAUGCACACCAUGGACUGGGAGCGUUGUGCGCCCCUUCCCAGAGAUCGCCUCCACCACACUAUGGUGUCGGUGUCGAGUGAGGACGCCAUCUACUCGCUAGGUGGUAAGACGCUGCAAGACACGCUCUCUAACGCCAUCAUCUACUACACGGUGAAGGACAACAUGUGGACAGAGACCAGCCAGCUGGACACAGCGGUGUCGGGAGCCGCCGGUGUCAACUUGGGAGGCACCAUCUACCUGAUCGGAGGGGAGGAGAACGACAUGGACUUCUUUACCAAGCCGUCACGCCUCAUUCAGUGUUUUGACACGGCGUUGCAGAAGUGCCAGAUAAAACCUUACAUGCUGCCAUUUGCCGGGUGCAUGCAUGCCGCCGUCCACAUGGACGUGAUCUUCAUCGUGGGGGAAGGAGACUCGCUGGUUUGCUACAACCCUUUACUGGAGAGCUUCACCCGCCUGCGUUUUCCCGAGGCAUGGAGCUGCGUUCCUUCUCUGUGGAAAGUAGCCAGCUGCAAUGGAUGCAUAUACGUUUUCAGGGACAAAUGUAAGAAAGGUGACGCAAACACGUUAAAGUUCAACCCAGCCACGUCUGUCGUGUCUGUUAUCAAAGGUAUAAAGAUCCUUCUCACGAACUGGCAAUUUGUUUUGGCCUAACAUCUCUUAGUGUUAACGCUUCCACUGUGGAAUCUCAUGUGGCUGUACACUACAGAGACACAAGUAUUGAGACACAUCUUUAAAUCAGGCUAAGUUCCCUUCAAGUUGAAUUUACGAAGACGUUUUAGACAAUGAGCUUUCAGCUUUAUAGGAACACAUUUGGUGUGGAAGAACUUUGCCGCCAAACACCUUUUUAGAGUGAAGUACAUCGGUGCGAUUGUCCUAGUCGUGGAAUGUCAUUUAAACUCUACACUGCCGAUUCCCCAAAAAAGUUGUUUUAGCAGUUUUAGGAUCACACUCUUCAGUACAUUUCUAAGAUAAAUAAUUCUCCUGUCUAAGGAAGAAAUCUUAAAACAACCAAAAACUCAUCUUCCUCAACAGUGUGGGUUGAGCAAAAUACGACAAACCCAAAUAGCAGACCAAUGUUGUUAAAUGUAUUAUACUUGGACUUCUACUAAUACUGCAGCUACCAUCAUUCCUACCGCUAAUAAUAAUGUUCGACUACAAUCCCUUUCAGCAUUUUCCAGUCGUAAAUACAGGUGGUCCUCAGGCUACAAACAAAUUAUGUUCAUAGAUUGUGAUGUAAGUCGAGUUUUAGCGUGAGCCGGAUCUUGUACCUAAACUAGAAAAGCAUCCGGAGACUGCAGACCUCCCCCAGGCCCUAUACCUCCCAAAAGUAAAAAAAAUGCUGAAUCCAGAAGGUGAUCCGGAUCACCCCCAAAAUGUAAUCACAUGUUCCUUAUACCGUUUUUUUUAAUUUCCUGAAGGUUAAAUGAAAAUCACUUAUGACUCAGCUGGUUAAAUCUAAUCAGUUGUUCUUUAUCCCAUUUUGUUUUUUCCUGGAAGUUUCAUGAAAAUCAUCUUUUUUUAAAUUAUUUUGCUAACUGAUGUCAACAAUUACAUAAACUAGUAAUUAGUCACUCACACUGUGCACAGAACCACAUUAAGGUCAUAUAAAAUACAGUAAUACAAAGAUUAAAUGAAAUGUAAGUUUAUCAAAAAGGAGAACAACUCCGAGUCCUAACAGAUUUAUUGGGAGGAGGAACUCUCCAUAAUGAGACCACUAUGCUGAUUAGUUCUCAGUGUCCAUUUUAUAAAGAAGAUCCCUCCACACAUUCAAAAAUACCAUCUUUAUCCUUGAUGAUGGUAGCAGUGUUUGAGCAGGUUGGACCAGGCUUGCACCCAUUUUUUUCUCCACUGAGCAUUUAUCAAGGUCUAAUUUCACCUCACUUUCUACUUUCCUUUGUUUGUGUGCUACCCCUCGAAGAUUCUGCCUUACGUUUGGGAGACAUAAUGAAGUGCAAAACGUUAACUAUUAAGCUUGUAUAGUGUAUACAGACCAACAUUAAGUUUUUAAUUUAUUUGUGUGAGCGCAUUCGUAAGAACAAAUGUGUCCGCUACAGUGUCAAAGUGUGGCCACAGUAUAAUCUUUAUUACAGGGAAUAUUAGUAACAAUCUCACUCAAUCAUUUCUCAACUCUUUAGGCGCCAUGCCUUAUAUUCAUUUCUCUUAUUUACGCAAUUUCUCUCUGCAAUCUCACGCGUUUACAGCCUUCCUCUGCUCUCUGCAGCGAUCGCAUUAAUGAUAUAUGACACUUUUUGGACGACAAACUUUGCAGAAAGCAGGAGAACCAAGUUCAAAAUGCCCACAUUUCCACCAGCUGUAGGUGUAAUGUUCAGGUGCUUCUAUAGUUGUGUUUACCAAGCAGGUUUAUUUUGCCAUAAUCAGUGUAAAAACAGUCUGACUAUGUUACCUCUACCGCUUGGCUUGUUAUUGUCGUCUUAGCUGAGAAGUUGCCUAAUCUGUAACCAAUUAUGAACACGCCAACAUGUUUAUUCCCCAUGUGCAUGAAUAAUAAUAACAGGUAUAUUAACAAGACAGUAGUAACUCAACUUACGAGGCUAAUUUGUUUUGUGACGGAGCUCUUAACUCAAAACACUUGUAGUGCAGAUCAAGGUCUGCCAUUGAAAUUAAUUGAAAUCAAUUUAAUUGGGGCAUGACCCCACCCGCACCCCCAAAACAGCACAGUUUUAACAUGUAACCUGCCUUUUAAAAAAUAAUAACAAACUUAGAUGAGAAAUAUUGUACAACAAUAAACAAUAAUGUACUAAAAACAACUACAAUAGUUUUAUGAAGUAAUGUAAUAAUAAUGUACAGUGUUUACUUUGAAGAGUGGACUGUUUGUCUGUCAAGCACACCAUCAGCAGCUUCUCCCUAUUUUCAUGGGUAAAUGUCUGCCGUUUAGACAUUUAUUUUAACAUUCUUGGCUGGUGUUCGACACAUGUUCCUCCAGUAUGGUGCAGACUUCACCAAGUUGGCGCCACACUCUGUCACAUUUUUGAUAAUUUCUUUCUUUAAUUCAGUGAUAUAACACCUGCAUUCUUCCUUCCAAAGGCCGGAAAAGCAAAGUUACGUCCAUUUCUAGCUAUAAACUCAUACUAGCGAGUAAACCCAGAUGUCUUUACCAUGCCAACUAAAGGUGGGGCUGCUUUAAAACUCAAAUCUUUGCUUGCAACUUAAAGCAUGACAAUUAGCCGAGAGACUGCUCUUAUCUAAAAAAACUCUUUAAGUUGAGGUACCACUGUGCAUGGUAAUGAAGUGUUUUGUAGAUGUCUGACGUUGAUGUGCAUAAAUAUACUACAUGAUGCAGUUUUUUUUUUGUUUUUUUUUUUCAAAUGUUCUUGUCUUAAAACUGUGUUUUCGGUGUACUUGUUUCUUGUCAAAUAUAUAGUUGUUAUUUCACUGGCCUUAUGUGCGCAUUGCAUUGCCGAGGAGAAGCGAGAGGGCGCAUGCAUAGACGCUGUGUGUUUUGUGUCCUUGGUGGACAAAAAGGGAGUGGAAGGAGGGGAAAGCUCCUACAACUUUGAUCCCAUUGAUGUGUCGCAGGAGGCUGUGCAGCUGAAACCCAAGCCUGGUUACAUGUCAGACUUUGUGAACUAUUCUAAGCGGCAGUUGCUGACGCUGAGAAGAGCCCUGCAUAUGCGCCUCAAUAAGAACUCACGAUUGCGACCCAAAGCUGACGUGCGUUUUGCACCGUGCAUCACAGCCCAACAUGGUGGUGGAUUUGGAUGAACUCGUGGCUUUUGUCCAUACUCCUACAGGGAUGUUGAAUGACUGGUUGAGAUGGGGAUUUAGUGUGAAGGUGGAUCGCUAGGAGCUCACUGACCUUGGGGGACAGAGCAGAAUUCCUGAAGGGACACAUGGUUUGGAGUGACAAGGCCAUCUGCUGUAGCGC